GGCAGCCCUGAAUACGAAGAGAAUAAUUGACUGUAAUUCCAUUUUUAAAGAUUAAAAAAUUUAUUGUAGAUUCGGGUAAUUCGUCCAUCUUUUAUGGUACAAGGCUUAAAAAUCUAUUGUAGAUCCGGGGUAAUAAGAAGUAUGAAUGAUUUUGCAAAAUGACUUUGAUAAAGCAAAGAUAUGAACUAUAAAUUGCUGGCCGCACAUAAUACCGCUUGUAACGAGAUAUUUCGCCAAUUUCAGGAUUGUGAGAAUGAGCAUCGAUACCGAAGAUUACUAGGUUACUGCGAACAUAUUCAGCAAGCGAUGAUCAAAUGCAUAAAGGAACAAAGAGAAAUUCAAAGGACAGAAAACUCACGUCUCCGGCGAAAUAGAUUAGAGACAACGGAAUCGGCACAACUAGAAUAAAGAAAUCGUGUGAGAAGGAAGAAAACAAUAUAGAAGAAAAUGCAGUUGAAGAUAUUACUGCUGCAAGAGAAG